AUGGUCCACAGCUCCAAGUACGACCUCCUCGUCAAGCUCCUCCUCAUCGGCGACAGCGGCGUCGGGAAGAGUUGCCUUCUCAUGCGCUACUCGGACGACUCGUUCACGUCGUCCUUCAUCACGACGAUCGGGAUCGACUUCAAGGUCAAGACCAUCGACGUCGAUGGGAAGCGCGUGAAGCUCCAGAUCUGGGAUACGGCCGGCCAAGAGCGCUUCCGCACCAUCACGACGGCCUACUACCGCGGCGCCAUGGGCAUCCUCCUCGUGUACGACGUCACGGACGACCAUUCGUUCCAGAAUGUGCGCAACUGGAUGCGGCAGAUCCAGCAGCAUGCGAGCCCGAACGUCAACAAGAUUCUCAUUGGCAACAAGUGCGACGUCGACCCGUCCGAGCGCGUCGUGACGACGCAGCAGGGCGAAGAGCUCGCGGCCGAGUACGGCGUGCAGUUUUUCGAGACGAGCGCCAAGAGCAACUUGAACGUCGAGGAAGCGUUCCGGUCGAUUGCGGUCGACGUGCAGAAGCGCCUCGCCGAGUGCGAGAGCGACCGGUUAGACGUGGCCAACGAGCGCAAAAUCAAACUGGACGACCACGCCGACCGGACGUCGGACGGCUGCUGCUAA